AUGGUCAGCUGGAAGAUCCUGGAUGAUGCAGACAGCGACUUUGGAUUCCUCCAUCGUUUGGACGUGCCAAGCUCUGGCUUGAUCUUAGCUGCCAAGACCUAUGCAGCAUACUAUGACUUACAGCUUCAAUUGCGAUCUAGAUCAUUGGCGAGGGAUUAUGUGGUUCUCAACCAUGGCAAAUUGAAGCGGCAUAAAGUGGAUGCCAGGCUGCAUUGGACUGGCAACUUUGCAACGCGUUCAGGAGGGCAAGGCAAACCAUCCGAAACCCGGGUCUCAGUGGUGGCCUUCGCUGGGAUGAACGGAAGUACCUACACAAUGGCUCUUGUUCGAGUUUGCACUGGUCGCCGGCAUCAGAUUCGCAGCCACUGUGCAUACAUUGGGCAUCCCACUGUCAGUGAUGGAAGGUACACUUCAUGGCGUACCUAUCAGGGCGACCUGGGGUUGUCCGAACGGAACUUCCUGCACAGGUGCAGGCUGACAUUUCGAGAUGCAAAUGGCGAACUCCACAAGGCAAAGCUGCCUUUGCCAGAGGAUCUGAGGAAGGCGGCCCAUCAUCUUAUUUAUGACAGAUGGCUUGGUCUGGGGGGAGCAAAAGCGUCAGUUCCAGACACAUCGAUCCAAACUGAACCUUCAUCUAAA